UAUGUUUACAAGUUAAUAACCUUACUUGCAUUUUCAUUUCGAAAUGAAACACCAUUUUAUACCAUCCUUUACAAAAUAUAAUUCUUAAGCACCCGUCCCGCCUCUCCAUGCACCUGUCAUCAUGUAGCCCUAAUGAUUAUGGAAAACCUUAUGUUGCAUCAUGUUGCAGGUCGGACACAAAUGCAACAGAAAGCUAUGGAGACCACACUGAUGCCGAAGUGAGGGCCAGCUGUUGGUGUGCCAGCCUCAGGAACAGAGCCAUUGCUGCUGGAGUCUUGAUACUGGUCAAGUCACUCGCCGGUUUCUGCCUUGGGAUCGUGUACGGGGUCAGAGGUUAUCCCAAAGCAUGGGGGGCCUUCGCGACAGGGCUCAUCACCAUGUUUGUUUUCACCCCCAUUCUCUUUUAUGGCAUUUGGAAGGAAUCCCGGAAGUGGCUGGCGGUUUGGUUCGUCUGGAUAGCUAUCCUGACAGCCCUGGGUCUCGUUGGCAGCGCCGUGGCCAUGAUAAAGAGUUCCUACGUGUCCACCCUGGCCAUAAUGGGCGUGCUUUUCAACUUUACCAUGAUGGUUCUGCUCUUGUACUUGAUCUAUGUUUAUAUGCAGUCGCUGAGAUCCAGGGAGCCAUUGGUUGAAGGAGACACCUUGUAGCAAAUUCCUCAUGAUUAGCAACUUCGGUUUUCUCCAAAAGCAAGUCGAUGUUGUCACUUCAGUUUCGUCGCGCUGUUCGACUGUCUUUUGUUUGAGCCUUUGCUUGGCUGGAGUCUACCGUCGCCUAAAAACGUACAGAUGUUAUAAAAAUACCAUUGACUAAUCGAUGUAUUAUCUAAUAACAUGAAUCAUAUAUGGUUUGUUCGACACGUACCUGUUUUAGUAUGAUGUCCAUGGUUUAUGCAAUAUUCUCAUUGUUGUGCAUAAAAUGCGUAUAUAUGACGCUAACACUGUAACAAAUGUAAAUAAACUUGAUAUCAGUAA